AUUGAUCGACGGUCGCGAUGGUGGCUGGUAGGGUACUUUUGUUGGUGGCAGUUGCCUGUUGUCUUCUGUGGGUGGUUCAGGCUAGGCCCCACGAGGAGAAGAAGGAGGAAAAGAAGGCGGAAGAAUGGAAGCAUGGCGGUGGCAAGGAUCACCAUUCGGAGGAGCAUUCAUCCCACGGUGAGAAGGGCGAGAAGGGGUACAAGAAGAGUGAAGGCCACGAGGAAGGCAAGAAGGGUCAUCACGAUAAGGAAGGUCACAAAAAGGAGUACCACGACGAGGGAGGCCACAAGAAGAAACAUCACGACGAGGGUGGCUACCAUAAGGAGAGCAAGAAGGGCGAGAAGGGUGAGAAGGGACACAAAUUCGAAGAGAGUGGCAGCUUCAAGAAGGGUCACUCGACUAAAGGGCAUCACGAAAUCCAUAAGCUAGACGAGUCGAAGAAGGAGAAGAAAUUCUUCGAUGAAGAUCACGACGAGGCAUUCGAUGAGAAGUUUGGCGAUUUCAAGGAGGAACACGGCUACAAGAAGGGUGGCCAUUCGAAGAAGGGUCACAAGAAGGCGGGUCAUCACGAGGACCAUUACGGCAAGAAGGGUAAGAAGAAGAAGGGAUCGCACCACCACGAUCACAAGGGCCACAAGUCGGAACACGGCCACGAUGAGCACUGGAGCCACAAAGAGGACUUUGGCAAGAAGGGCGGAAAGGAACACAAGAAGAAGUGGAGCCACAAGAAAGACCACUAAGCGAGAAACCGGCUGUCCACAUAGAUAAUCAAAAAAUUAAAUCAUAUUGAAUGUAUUGACUAUAGUUAAAUAAAUUUCUUUUCUUCUAAA